AUGAUGAACAACGCAUUUCAAAUCCCGGUGAUGCCCCAGAUGAACCAGCCACCGUUAAAUGGGCUCGCCAUCAGUCCGAAUAUGCCAGUUCAGUCCACUUCGAGCAGUUAUGCGGCAUAUUGGAUGCUGGAACAGGCUGGAAUGAUGCAGCCGAAUUUAAAUUAUGCUCCAAGCCAAAUGUCUGAAAUGUCAAUGCAGUCAACGAUGACUGGAACAAUGUGUUCGGAAGUGGUAAGUGGAUUGUAAAAAUUUUUUGGUAAAAAUUUGGCUUUUUUGAAAGUUUUUGUAAGUUUUUUCUCUUUUGCACUGUGCAAUUGAAAUUUUCGCGAUUUGCACAGUGCAAAGAAUUUCAUUUUGAAAAAUUGCAGUGUAGAAUAGAUGUCUUAUAGAGUAUUUUUCAAUAUUCAAAAAUUAAAAUUUCGAUUUUUGCUUUUCCGCACUGUGCAAAUUGCAAUUUUGUCAUCCGCACAGUGCAGUUUUAUUUUUUGGUCGCUGCACGGUGCAUAAAGUUGAGUUCGAAAAAAUUCGCUUUCCAAGCGACGUUACAAGGUGUAUUUUUCAAUAUUCAAAAAUUAAUUUUCAAUUUUUGCUUUUCCGCACUGUGCAAAUUUCAAUUUUGUCAUCUGCACAGUGCAGUUUUAUUUUUUGGUCGCUGCACCGUGCAUAAAUUUGAUUUUGAAAAAUUGGACUAUAGAAUAGAAAUUGCAAAGAGUAUUUUUCAUAUUCAAAAAUUAAUUUUCAAUUUUUGCUUUUCCGCACUGUGCAAAAUCCAAUUUUGUCAUCCGCACAGUGCAGUUUUAUUUUUUGGUCGCUGCACCGUGCAUAAAUUUGAUUUUGAAAAAUUGGACUAUAGAACAGAAGUCGUAAAGAUCAUUUUGCAAUAUUCAAAAAUUUAUUUUCGAUUUUUGCUUUUCCGCACUGUGCAAAAUCCAAUUUUGUCAUUUGCACAGUGCAAAAUUUUGAAAAAUCUAAAAAUGGUAAUUUCGGUUAGGAAAUGUGAUGAAAAAGGAUUUGGAAGUUACUAAAACACCACAGAUUCUCAAAAUAACCACUUACUAUCCAUUUUCAGACAGGAAAAUGCAUGGAAAAAGACCCAAUGGUCCGAUUAGGCGACAUUAUUGAAUCCUUGGCGGAUUCGGAUAUGGAUGUGAACUUGCUUGGCAAUGACCUGUUUCAAAAACUCUUCGAAACAUAUCGACAUGUCAUUGGGAAAGACCCAACGGCGCCGCAGCGACUUCAAGAAGUUUUUGGGUACACAGCAGAGAAAUUGCACUUGGUCACCGAAGAAAUGAAACGUCUACCGCAAGGAAACGAGAGAUUGGAGGUUUUGAAGAAAGCGGUGGGUAUUUAAGGGGUUGAGGGAGUAUUAAUUGGACUUUUUUGGGGUUUGAAGAGGAAUUUUGUCUAAAAUAAUGUCCGAAGUUGCCUAGUGUGAUAUAAUUGGUCUAAAAAUUGGCUCUAGAGUAAUUUUAGACGUCUGUAAAUCUAUUUUGAUACAUACGCCGGAAAAAUUUGAAGCUUUCUUUUAGGGGAAAUUUCAAGAAUGUAAUUUUUCGUACACCUUUCAUCGUAUAAAAUGUCACUUUGUCAUCUAGAGGGCUUGGAUUGUCAAAAAAAGAAAUGAAAAUUGGUCCAAGACGUCUUAGCUUUUACAAAAAAAUUUUAAUGUCGCCUUUUUAUCAAGUUUGAGGCAAAAAUUUAUAUUGUUUUAGGUAUGGCUCUACCUCCGAACAAUCCGGUUGGUCUACCGCUACUCCACGGCCCUUCAGAUGGCGGUAAGUGAUUGGAAAAGGAUUAUUUUGUCUGAAAAUUAAAAUUGUGUUUAUCAAAAUUAAAAAAAAAUCCAAAAUUUGAGAGAUUUUGACGGAAUUCCAGAAAAUCCGUCAUCCUUUAAAAAAUCUAAAGGAUAAUGUGCGUAUUUUACAACAGAAUUUUUUGUAUGGGGUCUUAUAACAAUACAUAAGAAGUGCCAAUUUAAAUUUUUCCGGAAUUCCGCAAGAUUAAAAGUGUCAUCAUGACGGAUUUUUUGGAAUUUCCCUAAAAUUUUUGUUUUCCAGCGAUUUUCAGGGUUUUUUUCGAUGGUGAUUGGACGAAUAGAGUGUCAUAAGGAUAUUUAUAGCCUUAAAAAAUUUUUUUGAUUCAGUUUCAGACUAUAAAAUUUGCAUUUUCCAGGAAAAUCCGAAUGUCGCCAAGUACAAGUACAUCCACGCCCUCCUAUUCUCGGCAGUCCGCGUCCCCGGCGCCAUCGAACUAGUCAUCUGCCCUUUGUAUCACGCCAAGAAACAUUUGAACCCGCCACCGGAGGCGCUGGCCGAGAUCCGAUCACCCGAAAUAUUGUACUUGCUACUGGACGUAAAAGACCUCGGUUCGGAUGCGGAACGCCACUUGCAUUACCUGUUUAUGGACUCAGUCGAAGGAAAUAGACAGUGUUUGGUUAGUUCUUGAAAGUUUUUGAUUUUUUUUUUUUGAAAUUUUAGGUAACAAAAUUACUGAAAAAUUUUUGCAGAAUGAGCUGGAAAAGCAGAAGCCGAUCACGGAAUUUGUCCUCAGACGCGUGAUAAAUUGGCAGAAUGUGCUGGAGACGGCGAGGAAUCCCGCAGGACCGAUUUGUUUCAUAAAAGCAUGGCUGAAAUCGCUGAAUUUCUUGUUCGACGCAAGAGGAGUCGAUUUGGACCCGACGAUCUUCAAUAAAAAUGGGUUUGUGGUAAGUUUCAAACACUUUGAGACCUUGUUUAUAAUUUUUAGGCAAAAUUUCGGAUCUAAAAUUGGCCAUUUUUCAGAAAUUGGCCGCUUUUCUCAGCCUCUUCAACAAGAAAUUCGUGAAACAAGAGGACUUUGUCUCGAUAAAUACGUGCGCCCUGAACGUCCUGGUCGCCUGCUCGUCCGAUUCCAAGACUCUCAAGGACCAGGAGCUCCAAUCGGUCCUCCAAUGUUGUUUUGGGAUCCUCAUUUGUCUCGAGGAUUUGAGUCGGAAAGGAACUCCGAAUCCACAGACCUCCCUGCUCAGUUUGCCGAUUUUGCAGCUGAUUACGAAUUUGUUGGUGAUGAAUACGACCAGAGUGGUGAGCCUUUGACUUUGUUGUUAUGUUUUUAGGCGAUUCAGCAAGGAAGAAGACAUUUGGAGACCAUUUUUGGGGAAAUUAUAUUACUUUAGGUAGUAGGUUGGGGAAAUGACCAAAAAGUGGAAAUUUUGAUGUCUAAUUGAAGGAAAAGGGAGUGAUAUUGAUCAUUUAGGAGUAAUAGAUCCUUUUGAAGUCAAACUCCUCAUAUUUAUAAUAGUUUUUACAAGAAAAUUAUAUUACUUUAGGUAGUAGGUUGGUGGAAUGACGAAAAAAGUGCAAUUUUGAUGUGUAAUUGAGGGAAAAUUCAGUGAUAUUGAGCAUUUAGGACCAAUAGCUCCUUUUAAAACCAAAAAGAGUCAGUGUGAUAAUAGUUUUUACAAAAAAUUAUAUUACUUUAGGUAUGCCAACUAAAAUCUGGUCAUAAAUUUUUAUUCCGCAUGGAUUUUGAGGUCUAAUAGCACUAAAGAGAAGUGAUAGUUGAUGUUUUUCGAUUUUGCAUAUAGAAAUUACAAAGUUCUGAAUGAUUUAUAAAGCUAUGACAAGAUGGGAGCAAAAAAUAAAAUCCAGAAAUACCCCAAAUUUCUUUCAGGAUUAUGUCCUGUUCCAUGCGCGUGAGGUCCAAAGUAUCCGUCAAGUCUUCCCCGUCGCCUUCUACGUGCACGGAAAGUCCUCACAAGUCCUGAAUUCGCAAAGCGAAAAGAUCUUCACCCAGCUCCUGGAGGUGUCGAUUCUGAUCAUCUGCGAGCUCAACAAAUCCCCCCUGAGCAGCGGGAUGGGCUCGAGUUUGAUCUUCCAGCCGCAAAAAGCACGCGACGCCUCCGCCGUUUCGCUCAACGACAUCCUGGAAUGUGUUGUCUUCAGACCGGAGGGCACAAUUUAUCAACGAUUGGAUUAUAGGAAUGUGGAGAGGGUUGCGCGGUGCUGGAAGAGGGCUAUAGAGGUUCGUGGAGCCUGUGGAAACCCGCAGAGACUCCCCGAGGAAGAGGCAGUCUUCUUCCAACAACUGGUCCAUCUCGGCUUGAGAUUCUUGGGACAGGCCGUCUUGAACAAGGUAAGCAAGUCGGGAAUUUUGAAGGAUAUAAAAACAAUGUUAGUUGUAAAAUACGCUGGGCUCAUUCUUGUUCUUUUUAAGUCAUUACGGCGAGACUUUAGAAAUAUGAAACUUGACAUCAAAGGUAUACAAAUUUUUGGUCAUUGCUCGUUAGUAUAAGGUCAAACAGAUACAAAACGAAUAAGAUCGAGUAAAAUAAGAUUUAUACUCUCUGUAGAUUCAUAGUUUCGGUAGAAAAAGAAAAAAGUUAGAAAGAUAUGAGAUUUUUCAUCAGAUGUCAAGUAUAAUAUAAAAUUUCUGUCAUAACUUGGUAAAUUUCCCCCGGAUUUUUUUGAAAUGGUUAUUAUAAGGUAAAAUACGAAAAAAUAAAUGCAGCCCCUUAUUUGUGGAUUUUUAAAGUUUUUUGUGUGAAAGAUAUUCGAUCAAAAAUCUGAGGUCAAGUGCAAUAUAAAGUUUUGGUCAUAGCUUGCUGAAAUGUUGUAGAAAUAAGUGAAAAUUUUGAUAGAUUGAUAAAAUACGGUAUCUUUUAUUUGGUUUUGAUUUUUUCCAGGGCCAGUAGACCUGGAAUGAACUAAAAUAUUGGAUUUUUUAUCAGAUGUCAAGUGUAAUAUAUUUUUUUUUAAAAGUUUCAAAAUUUGUUUUGAAAAUCAUUGAAAAUGAGCUUUAUAGGUAAAAUACGGUGGGCCAACCAAAUAUUUGAUUUUCAGAACCCCUCCAAAUCCCUGUGCGGAGCCAUGGACAGUUGCAUUGAGCUCCUCCGAGUCUUCACAGCCCUUUGCCCCAGCAAUAUUAAGCUCGAAUUGGCCGGAACAGUCACAAGUAUCGACUCGAAAAUCAUCUUCCAAUCCUCCGAAUACGGAGCCAGGUGCUUGUUGCGAUCAAUGGUGAUCUGCAUAAAGUCGUUGAACCCGGAAGACCGACUUUAUGUAACGUCGAAUCUAACGGCCAGCGAAAAAAUGAGCUCGAAGGAUCUGAAUGAAAUGCUUGGACAGUUCCCUAAUUGUCGUAGGUUUUUUUUGGAUUUUUUUUUUUUUUUUGAUUUUUUUGCACAGUGCAAGUUGAAAACCUGAUCGCACUGUGCGUCUUUCGAAAAAUUUUUGUUGCACCGUGCAUUUUUUCUGAGAUCAAAUUUUCGCACCGUGCAAGUUGAAAAAAUUAUCGCACUGUGCGUCGUUUUGAAAGAAUUUUAUUGCACUGUGCAGUCACAUUUUUGAUUUGCACUGUGCAUUUUUUGCGAUAAAUUUUUCGCACUGUGCAAAUUGAGAAAACUGGUUGCACUGUGCGUCUUUUGAAAGAAUUUUAUUGCACUGUGCAGUCACAUUUUUGAUUUGCACCGUGCAUUUUUUGCGAUAAAUUUUUCGCACUGUGCGAGUCAAUUUUUUGAUUGCACUGUGCGUUUUUUUGCGAUAAAUUUUUGCACUGUGCGAUUCAAUUUUUUGAUUGCACCGUGCAUUUUUUGCGGUAAAUUUUUCGCACUGUGCAAUUUAUAGUUUGAGUGCACUGUGCAUUUUGUGCGACAUUUUUUUGCACUGUGCAGGCUAAAAAAUAUUGCACCGUGCAUUUUUUUGCGAUAAAUUUUUGCACUGUGCGAAUCAAUUUUUUGAUUGCACUGUGCGUUUUUUUUUUGAACUUUUUGCACAGUGCAGACUAAAAAAUAUUGCACAGUGCAGUUUUCAGCAAUGAAAUUUGUGCACUGUGCGAGUCAAUUUUUUGAUUGCACCGUACAUUUUUUUGCGAUAAAUUUUUGCACUGUGCAAUCAAAAAAAAGUUGCGACAGUUUUUUGCACUGUGCAGGCUAAAAAAUAUUGCACAGUGCAGUUUUUUAGCGAAGAAAUUUGUGCACUGUGCAAUUCAAAUUGCACAUCGCACAGUGCAAAAUUUUCUACAAACUUUUUUUUCACAAAAUACAUCUUGUUUCUUUCAGAACUGGAAAUUCAAGACCUCCGCGACAUCAUGAACCCCUACGUCAACUACCUGAAGCAAGAACAAGAAGAGAAAACCUACGUUAACUUAUAG